CUCUGUUUUAUCGAUUGGCAAAAUUGGGCAAAAUCGUGAUUCGUGAUUUCAUCAAAAACAUUGUGGAACUUGUGGAUAUUAUUGAAGAAUAUUAUCAUUAUAUUUUCAUUUAUUGUUAUAAACUUCUUUAAUUUAUAUAAACACGGACAAAAUGGCCAGCAUGAUUUAUUUUGAAAACUGUUUGCUGUUCAACACCUCAUACACAGACGUGUUCGAAUUGAAACACAAUAUUUCAACACAAUAUGGCAUUCCUGUGGAAGAUUUAUAUGUAACAUUGGACGGUAAGCUUGUGUACGACGAUUGUAUUCUAAGGAAUAGUGAGAAUGUUGUCAGAGUGCGCUCAAGGAUCGUCGGUGGGAAGGGAGGUUUCGGUUCGAUGUUGCGUGCGAUCGGCGCUCAAAUCGAGAAAACCACUAAUCGUGAAGCAUGCCGAGACCUUUCUGGGAGGCGUUUACGCGAUAUUAACGAAGAGAAGAGGUUAAGAAAGUGGUUAGAGGGCCAGGAAGAUCGUGAACGCGAGGCAGCUGAGAGAAAGCAAAAAAAGUUAGAAAGGCUAAUCGCUGAGCCAAAAAUUGACGUAAAUUUGCAUCCUCAAUACGAAAAAGAGAGGCAGGAACUGCCUGAGCGCGUCAGUGCGGCUGUGGACGCCGGUUGGCAAGCAGCGGGUACAUCUAAAGAAGGUGUCAAACGCAAAGCGGAGGUUGAACAAAGUAAGGGAAAGAAAAAGGCUAAAUUGUGGAUAGAUGCUGAGUUAUCAGACUGUUCUUCCCUAAGCGAUUACGAGGAAGAGGAAAUCAAGUCCAACACUGCUCAAACUGUGUCCACAGAUAGUGGAAAUGAGUCUGAUAAGUGUUCGGGGAGUAGUAAAAUAUAGUUAUAGUUUUAUAUUUUACACAUUUUAGUAUUAAAAUUUAUGUUAAGGAGUAAUCUUUGUUAACUAUAGUAUGCGACAGGUCAAGAUGGCGAUCAGGGUAUGACGCAAGGCAUACGCCCCGCACACUGGUAAAUACAGGAGUGUGGGGCAUCCCCACCCCAAUUACCAGCUCAGCCUGUCGCAUAUUAUAUGUAUUAAGUAUUUCAGUAACAAAAUUCCAUGUUAUCGUAGCUUAGAACUAUUCCAUACAUGGACAAGCAGCAUCAUACAACAUAUGAGAAAUCGGGCUGAAAUUCUGAGAAAUCUAGUAAAGCUUGAGUGAUAGUCCCAUGAACAAUUUAUAUGGAAAUAAGAGCAACUUUCUAUUACUCUGUCAAACUAUGCACUAGGUCAUUCUGAACAAAAAUGAUUGCUUAACUCACCUCUGCUUAUAACUUGAUGGCCAGGUCAUAGUAAUUUAGACAGCUUCAUGGAACACACUUGAUCGAAAUGCCCCUUCUAGUAGUACAAUAUUAAUUAAAAUUAAGUCAAUGGAUCAUGGAAUAGUAAUAUAUUUAUUUCUUUUUCUUAUACAUAAAUUUGUAUGAAUCAUAAUCAUCAUUAUGAUCAACCCCUUUGCUGGCUCACUACUGUGACACACACAUAUUUCUUCUCAGAAUGAGCAGCGCAUGGCAUUGGUCCACCAACCUGCUCAAGUGCAGAUUGGCAGACUUCACACACUUGAGAAUAUUAUGGAGAACUCUCAGGCAUGCAGUUUUCCUAUGUUUCCAUUAAAGCAAGUGAUGUGUUACUUUCAUCAAAUAUUCCAGCCUAUGACAGCCUGGUAUAGCAGUUGUUGGUUCUUUUAUACUCUAUAGCGUCUGUCCGAUUUAAUGUGAGUUGGAAUUUGUUAACAACCCAGUUGAUUGAAUUUAUAAAUUAUUGUAACAAAAAUAAAUCUUAGAAACUGCAA